GGAUUCCUUAAAACUGAAUGUAAGUCAACUUAAAUUCAGCUUCAACCUGGAGGAGGUCUAAUCAGCAAAUGUGAAUGGAAACACCUGUGUAGGUGUGCAGGACGUGAAUACACCGAUAAGCUAUUUGAUGACAGAGGGCACUUACACACUUAAAGCGGCAAGUCUUGCGUCAUAUUUCUGCGCCGCGUGCAGUGCAGCCGUGUAGGACAUCGAGCAUGGGACACCUUGGAGGUUUAUUAAUUCUGGUCGUCCUGGUUUCGUGGCAUCACAUUCGCGGUGCUGCGGGUCACUCUCUGCGCACCUGCCACGAGCAGCUGGAGUUCAGGUGCAGCGACGGUUCGUGCAUCCCGAGGCUGACGUUUUGUGACGGACACACAGACUGUGAGGAUGGGUCAGACGAGCAACACUGCGACGAAUGCGGUGACGGAAGGGACCAGGACUCCUGCCAGAACUGCUUCUUCUCCUGCGGGCUGUCAGAUGUCUGCCUGCCCAGGCACAAGCUGUGUGAUGGAUGGACAGACUGCAAGGAUGGGCGGGAUGAGACCCGGGAGUUGUGUGGUCCCAGGCAGUCUCUCCCAAUGGCUUCUCCCACAUGUGCAGCCUCAGAGUUUCAGUGUGAAGAUGGGGAGUGCAUCCACCAGGCCUGGAGGUGUGACCGCUCACCCGACUGCUCUGACGGUAGCGAUGAGGACAACUGUGAUCAGGACGAGUGUCAGGUCAAUAAUGGAGGCUGUUCUCAUCACUGUGUGGACCAGGAGAUGGGUUUCCUCUGCUACUGCCCUGACAACAUGAGGCUGCUCGGGGACAGCCAGUGUGAGGAGAUCGACAUGUGCCUGGAGAGAGAUUUGUGUGAUCAGCUGUGUGUGCACAUGAACGGCAGCUUCACCUGUGACUGUCACGAGGGCUACAGCAUGAAUCCAACAACCAGGGAGUGCAAGGCCAAAGGGAAUGCGGCUCAGCUGGUUUUCACCUCUUCUAAAGGAAUGCGAAGGAUGAGCAUCACUGGUACAGAGUACAGGGAACUGGCCCCACAUUUACAAGGACCAGGGCCUGUGGCGACAUUGGCCUCGAACAGCACACUGUACUGGGCCUGGCAAGCACGAGGUUUCAUAUACAGGGUCUCGAUGUAUGGAAAACCACAGGAUGCCAAGUUAGUGCUGAAAGUUAAAGGCUCGGUGUCAGGCUUGGCUGUGGACUGGAUCCACCAGCUCCUCUACUGGACCAGUGUGGAGAGUGGUUCUGUUAACGUCGGCCUGCUGGACGGUUUGACACAGCGUCAGCUCAUCACAGGGCUGGUCAAACCUUCUGCAGUGGCUGUGGAUCCUCUCCGAGGGCUACUCUUCUGGGCUCAAUGUGGCAGGUUCCCAAAGAUUGAGAGGGCCGGUUUGGACGGCCGGGACAUAGUGGCUGUGGUCACUUCUUCAAUACACCGCCCUGUUGCCCUCUCUUUGGAUAUGCCUCGCCAGCUGCUAUACUGGGUUGACCAGGGAAUGAGAAGCAUCUCCAGAGUAAAUCUAGAAGGCCGUGAACGUAAAAUAGUGGUAGAGUCUAACGGAUAUCUGGACCGACCCUUUGGACUGGCUGUGUUUGAGGGUUUUGUAUAUUGGAGUGAAGGAGUGACUCGCUCCAUUUGCCGAGCAAACAAGCACAAUGGCAGCCAACUUCAAGUACUGCUGAAAGAUGUUACCUCACCGGGCGGGGUUGUCAUUGUUCAACCUGUUCUUCAACCAAAAGGGCCAUCUGUAUGUGGACGUCCUGUGAGGAUGUGCCGGCACAAGUGCGUUGUCGACCUGCUGCCUGAGAGUCCAGAGUUCAGCUGCAUUUCUCCAGAGACAGGACAAAAUAAAUCUAAAGAAAUGCCUGCUAUCUCUCACACAGUUCCUGCAUCGACUUUAUCUGAUCCUACAUUUACUGGAGUUCUCUCUCUUACCAUAUUUCUCAGUUUGCUGCUGGUGGGAAUGGUUGUGUGGUGGUGGAAACAGGAAUUCAGGCUGUCCAAGUCUCUCACUGGGCAGAGCUUCUCCUUCAAGGAGUCCCAGGAACAGUUCAUUAUCGAGGGGCCACCCACGGGCCCAAACUCAUGUCUCGUCAAGGAAACUCUGCUUAAGAUGGACUUGGACGGUGAAUGAUGGUGGUGUGACACAGGUGGUCGGCUGACUGGGCUUCACAACCCCUGGACAGCACAACGAGACAACAAAGCCAUCGGGUCACCGUGUCGUGUCCAAAAUCCCUCUGGAGGUUAAUUCUCUGGAGAAAUGACUGGUAAUGUUGGUAAAUAUCUGAAAACAGAGAGGGGAAAAUGCCUUCAAACAGUCUCAUUACUGCUGUGCUUUCAGCCCUAUGAUAGAUUACAUCUUGCUCUUCAUGAUGACCAUUAUCAAAUUUCAUUCUGAAAGCUGUGGAGCAGCAGUGAACAAGCAUAUACAUAUUUUUAGUGCUUUGAAUAUUAAUACGAAUGAACUGUUCUGCCUUAUUUUUAAAACCCUGUUAUCAAGCAUUUUGAUCAACGGGUUGCCAGUUGUGUUACAGCCUUAAUAUCUCCAAGACAAUCAAUGGAAAGGUAAUCUGUUAAGAUUAGAGAUUGAAUGAUUAGAUAACUAAUCACUUAGUCGAUCCACAACACAUUAAUUGGCAUAUUUUCACAACUGAUUUGCAGGCUUCAGCUUCUGAAAUGGGAGAAUUGUCUGCUUUUCUUUUUUUCCUAUUUGAAAGUGAAAUACACAUCUUUGAGUUUUGGACUGUUGGUCAAACAAAAGCAAUUGGAAGAAAGUGGUGGUGAAUACACUUCACUGUCAUGUGGGAUAUUAUAGACAAAAUUAUUACUCGAUUAAUUGAGAAAAUAAUGAUUUGUUGCCUUCCUAGUGUAGAUUUGUAUUGUUAUUGCAUUGUUUAUUGCACAUCCUCCACAACUUCUGGAAUGUUUAUUUCAGUUUAUUGCAAUUCCCCAAACUUCCCUUUUGCACUAUUAUGGAUGUGGGGAUUGUGAAUAAUGUGACUGUUUUCUAAUAUAAAGUUGUUUACCACUGGUUUAUUCUUGGCCUUCAGGAUUUUCAAGCUCUUGGGUCUGUCAGCAUGUCAAAGAGAUGCAUUGCAUUGAAAAUGUAUGUUGCCUUUUGCCCAGUGAACACUUGGAUCACAUCCAAGAUAGAUUAUAGUAUGUAUGAAAAGAAAAAACGAGUGUAUCCACACUGGAUAAAAGCUCCCAAAAGUGUAUUGUAGUGAAAAAUAUAAACAAAAAAAUCAACCCUACCAGGUGUUCAUCUGGUAAAACUUGAUUUUAGGGUUGAAACAUGAUCUUUUUUCAGUCCAGUAACAUUUUGGGAACUUUAUUCCAGUGUAACAAUACUUUCCAUUUAUUCUGCGCCUGACCUAAAUAUAGGACAGGAUGUGCACACUACGUUUCAACUACAUUUGCAACUGCCUUUCUCCAACAUGCAAUGUAUUAUCCAAAAUUCAGAAAUUGGCUGUGAUGAUUAAUGCAGCAUGGAUGGACCAAGUCAUAGUUUCCUUUUGCAGGCUAAGAGGUGAUUUAAAGUGGCCUUUUAAAGUUGAAUUAAUAGAUCAAAGCAGUAGGUGUGAUUCUAAUAGGUAACAUCUUCAGUAAACACAUCUGGAAUAUCCUUUGGAUAUCUUAGCUUAGCAUAAAGACUGGAAACGGGGAAACAUUUAGCCUGACCCUGUCCACAGGUAAGAAAAUCCACCUACCAGCGGCUCUAAAGCUCUCUGUAAGAUGUAAGCUCUAAAGCAGCUGAAUCUGGCUUCAUAUUUACUGUGUAGAAAUGAGAGAGGUGUCAAUCCUCAUCUAACUGUAUGAAAACAAAUAAUUGUAUUUACCAAAAUUUCUUUUAAAGAUUUUUUGUGGGUUCUAAUGCUAGAAAAAACUGGAGAAAUAAAGCCUAGCUUGGUCAGUAGCAAUAAUACUGUACAUGUAGUUGGUGUAAGCAGUGCAAAGAGGAUUUCUUUGGUUGCACGUUUGCUGUUUUGUUGCUUUCUGAGGGGUGGUGCUACAAUGGGAACAAAUAUGUGUUUUGUUUAGUUGAAUGUCUCCUGCAGGUUUGGUUUUGCUCUUAGUGUUAGUUGGUGUGAACGUUUAAGUGAUUUACUUUCCUUGUUUGACACCAGUCUUUUGUGUUUUGUGAUAGUCUCAAAGAAAUGUAUAAGUCUGUUGGACUGAUAGAAAUCCCUUGGCACUGGUUAAGAGAUGAUUCUUUAAGUGUACUCAAACUGUUGAGUUUUGUAGUUGAUAUUUAUUGUUAGGGAAAGAGUUUUUAUUUAUUUUUGUUUAGCUGUACAGUCAUUGUAAUACUUUGCUUGCACCAUAGAUAAAUAUAUUAAA